AUUGUAAAAGCUUCUUCUGGUUAUGGAAGGCGCCAACAGCGGCUUUCUUCGUGGCAACGAACACGAAGGCGGAGAAUUCAAUGUUCAACCGACUGACGUAGAACCCUUCUUUCUCUCCUUCUAAGUCUCUUAAUUUACUCUGUCAUCUGACGUAAAUUAAUUCCUUCUUUCUCCUUUCCUAUUACAUCCUUCUCUCUGUCCAGCGAUGGCGGCUUCCGCAUUUUCUCUCUCUCAAUCUCUACUAUCUCGCUCUAACCAAUGUAACUCCUCAAUUGGGACAAACCUAGAUGGUGCCUCUUUCGUUUCAUCAACCAGGCCUUCCUUCUCUUCCCGCACAUGCACACGACGGUGGAGUGUGAAAUCAUCCCGGUCUGCCGUUAAGGCCGCGGCGGUGAAGAUUCCGGAGGAGACCGAUGAGACAUUGGUGGAGAAAUCGGUGAAUACAAUACGCUUCCUGGCGAUAGAUGCGGUGGAGAAAGCGAAUUCGGGUCAUCCGGGUCUGCCGAUGGGCUGUGCCCCGAUUGGCCACGUACUGUACGACGAGGUGAUGAGGUAUAACCCUAAGAAUCCGUAUUGGUUCAAUCGUGAUCGGUUCGUUUUAUCUGCCGGGCACGGGUGCAUGUUGCAGUAUGCUCUGCUUCACCUUGCUGCGUUUGAUAGUGUAAAGGAUGAAGAUCUGAAGAGCUUUCGGCAAUGGAGAAGCAAAACUCCUGGUCACCCUGAGAACUUUGAGACACCUGGGGUUGAAGUCACUACUGGCCCUCUUGGCCAAGGAAUUGCAAAUGCUGUUGGUUUGGCUCUUGCAGAGAAGCAUUUAGCUGCUCGAUACAACAAACCUGACAUUGAGAUCGUUGAUCAUUACACUUAUGUGAUACUCGGAGAUGGUUGUCAAAUGGAAGGGGUUACAAAUGAAGCUUGUUCCCUUGCGGGACACUGGGGCCUUGGAAAGUUGAUUGCUUUCUAUGAUGACAACCACAUCUCCAUCGAUGGCAAUACCGAAAUUGCAUUCACAGAAACUGUUGAGGCUAGAUACGAGGCACUUGGCUGGCAUGUUAUUUGGGUGAAGAAUGGUAAUACUGGGUACGAUGACAUUCGUGCUGCCAUAAAGGAAGCAAAGGCUGUAAAAGAUAAACCUACAUUGAUUAAGGUGACUACGACUAUUGGUUAUGGAUCUCCUAACAAAGCGAACUCGCAUAGCGUCCAUGGGAGUGCAUUGGGUGCAAAAGAAGUAGAUGCGACAAGAAAGAACCUCUGGUGGCAACAUGAUCCAUUUCAUGUCCCGGCGGAUGUUAGAAAGCAUUGGAACCGCCAUGUUCCUCAAGGUGCUGCUCUGGAAGCUGAAUGGAAUGCCAAAUUCAUGGAAUAUGAGAAGAAAUAUAGAGAAGCAGCAGCAGAACUAAGGUCGCUUAUUACUGGCGAAUUGCCUGAUAGAUGGGAUAAAACACUUCCGAGUUAUACGUCAGAAAGUCCCGCUGAUGCUACCCGGAACUUGUCUCAGCAAUGCCUUAACUCUCUGGUUAAAGUUCUUCCUGGAUUUCUAGGUGGGAGUGCAGAUCUUGCUUCCUCCAACAUGACACUAUUGAAGAUGUUUGGCAAUUUGGGGAAGGACACACCCGAAGAACGUAAUCUUCGAUUUGGUGUCAGGGAGCAUGGAAUGGGUGCCAUAUGUACUGGGAUUGCACUUCAUAGUCCUGGACUUAUUCCUUACUGUGCAACCUUCUUUGUUUUCACUGACUACAUGAGAGCAGCCAUAAGACUUGCCGCUCUUUCUGAAGCUAGAGUUAUAUACGUAAUGACACAUGAUUCAAUUGGCCUUGGGGAAGAUGGACCAACACAUCAACCUAUUGAGCAUUUAGCCAGUUUCCGAGCCAUGCCAAACGUCCUAAUGCUCCGUCCAGCAGAUGGAAACGAGACAGCCGGUGCAUACAAAGUGGCAAUUCUCAAUAAGAAAAGACCUUCAAUUCUUGCUCUUUCUCGCCAAAAGCUUCCUCAUCUCCCCGGGACAUCCAUAGACUUGGUUGCAAGAGGAGGGUACAUCAUUUCGGACAAUUCAUCGAGCAACAAACCCGAUGUUAUCCUUAUAGGAACUGGGUCUGAACUGGAGAUAGCAGCCAAGGCUGGCGAUGAGCUACGAAAAGAAGGGAAAAGUGUUCGAGUGGUGUCGUUAGUUUCGUGGGAGUUGUUCAACGAGCAAUGUGAUGCAUAUAAGGAAAGUGUCCUGCCGGCUGGUGUAGCAGGUAGAGUGAGCAUUGAGGCGGGGUCAACAUUUGGGUGGGGAAAGAUUGUUGGACCAAAGGGGAAGGCAAUCGGGAUUGAUCAAUUUGGAGUGAGUGCACCUGCUGGAAGGAUAUACAAGGAGCUUGGACUUACAGUGGAAGCUGUGGUUCAAGCAGCCAAAGCUCUUUGUUAACCUCUUGGGACUUCCUCUUUUGUUUUGUUUUUUUUCUUUUAAAAUUUAUCAGUCAUAAUAAUAAUAAUGAUAAUAAUAAUAUUUUUUAAAAA